AUACUGCAAGGUUCAAAGGACCUUUAGAAACUUCUAAUAAUGUUAACAAAACUCACAAAUGUGAUUAUGCAAUGAAAAUGUUUAAUCAAUAUGGUUCAAAUUACAGUAGUAAUUUGAGCCCAACGCCCUUCGGUCGUUGGGAAGGCAAAAAUUUUAUCAACACUCGAGAAAUGCUAUUUGCUAUUUGCUUAUUAGACAAACGUUCUUCAUAUGGAUGUGGAAGAAAACUUAUUUAG